GCCGAGGAGGUCUUGAAGGCGAAUGUGAGGGAGACGCAGAAGAUGCGCAGGCGCAGAUGCGGAUGAAGGGCAGCGUAGUCGAGAAGACUACGAUUCUUCUGCCAAAGGAAGAAGCGACCGCCGCCUGGCCGGACGCGUCUUCAUUCUCUGUCCCUGACUCGCGCAUGGGCCUCAGCUGGUACGACAUCGCCGGGUACGGCACGUCGGUCUGGGCUCGCACCGCGUCCGAGUUGUUGACUAUGAACCAUCCGGCAUCCGCGACUCCCACCGCCAGCUCUCCAUCCCCUGACCAUUCCCCGCUGACGGUGGCCUCGUCUCCGACGAUCUCAUCGAAUACGAGUCCGCGCACUUCAUCCAUCGACGUCGACUUUGAGCUGCUUGACGACAAAGCUGAGAAGGAGUGUCGAGUCAAGGAGCGCUCAGAGACGACGGAGCCGUUGACGAAUGUCUUUGAGCCAAGGGAGCCGUCCACGUACGAGGUGGCGGCUGAGAUCUUCACGCUAUUCCCAGCGACGGAGGCAGGCACGGAAUACUGUUCCAAGCUGUUUGACGUCCCUUUGCAGAUCGCUGGAGAUGGUGCUAAUUAAGAGUGGACGGUUUGAGGAUGUGACGCUUGACGCGUUGACGGAUAGCGAAUGGAUGGCGGAAGAAUGCCUGAGGGUAAAGUGUAGAGAUCCUGACGGUGCGACUACUUAUCAUGAUGACCCGUAGUUCGUCGCGAAUGUAAAUAGCGCCUGUAAUUUUGUAUGUUGCUUUUCAGACCAAACAUUUGCACUCGUCGCAUCUUCGCGUCCUUCAGCUUCCCGCCACCCUAGAUUCA